GGGUAAGAUGCUCUCGCCGAGGUGCAACUUGGAAUAACACAUUGAAGCGUAGCACUGCUGAAAUCAUGCAGGGAGAGAGAGAAUUGAUCCUCUGGAAAACAAGCCUUUAUCGUGGUGGGUGCGCGGGCUUACUUCGAUCUGUUGUUAGAAAAGAGGGGUAGAGAGCAGCGGAGAGUGAUGCAUGGUCAUUCGUACCUGUGGGAGAUUCAGAUUAGUUGAUUUUAGCUACUUUACUCCGCCAUUUGUUCCCUUCAUUUGAUCCUGUCUUUCUUUUGCAGUCAUUUCCAAGCUACAGAACCCACCUCAGCAUAGACCACCGUGGUUCAAGUUGAAUAGGCCAUAAUCAUGGUGUUUUGGAAGAUGUUAGGUCCCAUGCCUGUCGCGUUUGAUAAGUUUCGUCGUUGUGCUCGGAAGGUGAUCGGAUGACCAAUCAUAGAGAGGAGGGUGUUGGACGCAGAUGGCCUUGUGAAUGAGUUUCCUUUUUAAGGAUAAGCGUGCUUUUAGGAUAGCUUUGAGUGUGGAGGGAGAUUGCGGAUUUGGCGCGAUCAGUUCGAGGGUCGUGUUGAGGUGGUGCGGGGUCGAAGUCUGUGUCGAUCAUGUCUGACCUUUCCGUGUCGAUAUCUGACUGCUUUCUUGGAAGACUGUCAUGCGUCAAGCAUUUUGCAUGACACCAUUUAUAUUGUAAAUACAAGCAGUUGUGCCACCAGCUAUUCUACGGCGUGUUUGUAUCUGUUUCCUAUCUGGGUGAGGUGUUUCACGUCAUCCACUCCUCAACAAGUUUCGAAGCCCUCCUCGUCUCCCCUUGUUGUUCCAGGGUGAUUCUUUCAUCACACAUUUUUGGAGGAGAAUUUUAUUUUAGCAAAAUUCCAGGUUGUGCCCAGGAGGUUGUCAUUACUCCGCUUCUCCCAGAUAUCAUUCGAGUGUGUCUGUAGGUGCAGCUCGUUUGGAUUUCACGCGGCAAGUUCGAAGAUUUUCGGUGUGAUAAGAGAGGCCAGCAUUAACAAUAUCGUCUUUUACAUCUUGAUACAUGUUGGGUAUGAGGGCACUGUGGGCGAUGGCAACAAAAUUGCAGGAGGGAUAAUGCUUGUUUGGAAAAGUGGAGAAGUCAUUGCGAUUGCUGCGGCGGCAUUCGUGCGACUAUCAUGACUGCGUCACUGUCGCCCUCACAUCAUGAUUCACAGGUCCAGGACGAUGACUCUUCGUCAGUGCGAGUGGCAGUACGUGCGCGCCCGCUGAUCCAAAAGGAGAUUGCUGAGAAUAGCAAGGAAUGCGUCUUCUAUUCGAAAGAUAGGAAGCAAGUUGUCCUAGGGAAAGGUCGUCGGUUCACUUUUGAUCACGUCUUCAGCCCCGUCAUCAGCCAGGAAGAUGUCUACAACGAGUGUGUCAAGCCCCUGGUCGAAAGCUGCUGCGCUGGGUACAAUGCGACGGUUUUGGCAUAUGGACAGACAGGGUCCGGAAAAACCUUCACCAUGGGCUGUGGCAACAAAUCAUCUUCAUUGGAAGAGGAGCUUGGGGUUUUGCCUCGGGCAAUUCGUCAGCUGUUCAAGAUCGUAGAAGAGCGCAGUCAUGAGACUGAAUUCCUUGUCAAGUGUGCAUUUGUUGAGAUUUAUAACGAUGAGAUUAAGGACUUGCUUCACCCAGAUACGCCACCAAAAGCCAUUUCAAUUCGCGAAGAUGCGAAUGGCGACAUAAUACUUGCGGGCGUCCGGGAGGAAGAAGUCACAAAUUUUAAGAGCAUGAUCAGGUUUCUUGAAUACGGGUCAGUCUUUCGCACCACAGGAAGUACAUUGAUGAACCAGCAUUCGAGCCGAUCACACGCUAUCUUCACUAUCAUCGUCGAGCAGCGGAGCAUACUAGAAUGUGCUUCUAGAAAUGAUGUCAUCACGGCGAAGUUUCACCUGGUUGACUUGGCAGGAUCCGAAAGGGUGAAGCGUACGGGUGCUGUGGGCAUGCGGUUCAAAGAAUCUGUCACCAUCAACUGUGGUCUUCUUGCUCUUGGCAACGUCAUAAGUGCACUGGGGGAUGAACGGAAGAGGUGCCAACAUGUGCCAUAUAGGGAGUCCAAGCUUACGCGUAUGCUCCAGGACUCUCUAGGUGGAAACAGCCGCACGUGUAUGAUUGCAUGCAUCAGCACGGCAGACACAGACUUGGAGGAGACGCUCAAUACAUUGAAGUAUGCUAACCGGGCUCGCAACAUUCGCAACAAGCCCGUGAUCAAUCGGGAUCCGCAGUCUGUUGUGCUGAAUCAACUGCGACAAGAAAUUCGGGCUUUGCAACUGGAGUUGCUCAAUUCGCGAAUACGCAACAUGGGGCUCGUACCUGUCUGUGGUCCGCAAAGCUUGGAGCUUCUUCUUCAAGAUGAAUCACAUCGAGAGUUUCUGGCUAAUAUUCGGGCACGGGCAGACGCAAAUAUGGAUGUGGUUGCGGAGCUCAAUGCUUUGCGUCGGAAGAGUAGAGAAACGGAGCAGGAGAAUCUUAAAUUGAAAGAUGAGAUACAGGGAUUGGAGUCGUUAGUCAGCAAUCUCCGCGAGGAGAUGUUGCAAACACGCACAGAACGCGAUCAUUAUGAGCUGAGAUUGGACGAGGUGAACUCUGAAAUAACUGCUUUGAUGCAAGUGGUGCCACACUGGGAGAAUGGCAAUGACAUUAGUUCCGUGGUUAGGAGCCACCUAUCAGAAAUGGUGAUGCGAGUCCUGGGCAAGAUUGAUGACGAAGGUCCAGGUGCUGCAUCGAGUGAAAGUUCAUUUUGCAGCUUAGACCGGCCCGCUACUUCUGAUGCUGCAACGGGAGAAAGCGAGAAGAGUAUCAGCUAUCCUACUGACUGGGUUAUGCCUCAAGAAUGCAACAAUACAUUAAAUGGUUGGGCCAGGUCUCGACUAUAUGAUAGCCAAGCCGUCGCAUCUAUCCGAGACCCAUCUUUCCCUUCCAAUAUCGAAUUAGCUUUUCCUCCCAAAACAGUGGCAAAGAGUAUGAAUUGUACGUCUCCAGGUCAAGCUAGCCGAGGUGCUCGCAACAUCAUCAACCUACAUUUGCGGACUAUUCAGGUCCUGGAAGAGCGACUCGCUGCUAUAGAAAGUGACGUGAUAGCUAAAGACGAGGCACUCAGGGAAGCGUCCGAAGAUCUUGCGAGGGAUGAACGAAUCUUUGCCGAGAAGAUGAAGGAGAUGAAGGCAUUGAAGAAGCUCGCCCGAGAUAUGUCGACUGAGAAGGAGGCUUUGGUGCAAAAAACCGAAAGAAAUGCUGCAAUUAUCUCGCACAUGAUCAACGAGGCCUUGGCGAAGGACGAUGAACUAGGUUGCCUUCGAACGUCAAUUGAAACCUUGCAGACUGGUCGGCCGGACGCUUUCGUGAUGAAUGGCGCUUGUGUUCCUGGGCUCCCAGUUACCCUCUUGAACUCAAAAAAAGAAGCUGAUGACGAUAGUUUUGCCAAUACUGAGAACCCUGACAAGGUGGUCCUUCAAGCCAAGCGCGAUGCAGUGGAUGGUGCGAUUGGUGUUAGUGAUACGUUUGGUCCAGCUCACCUCGACGAUUGUAAAGGAAAACUGAAGGUGGAGGAGGAGAAGGAAAUGUUGAUUGUAAACAAGGCCAUUGAAGAUCAGAAGCAACACUUUGGAGAAGGCGUUCGGGUUGAAGAGCUAGAAUUGAAAGUUUCCCCUAAACUUCGAAACAAAAAGAGACGCAACUUCCUCAUGAACUGCUUUAGGCCAAAAGUACAUGAGACCCAUGACAGUUAGGGCGGCAUGACAACUCAUUGAAGUGCGAAUCACAGCCAAACCACCGACUACCUCGAUUGCUUAGUUUACUUGCCAGCUCCAUUCUCGCCGAGAAUAGACAGCUUUGUAGCAUAUUCACAGAAUCAUCCAGUGAAUAUUUUGAAAAUGAUAGGUUUUGUACAAUAGGACAGAGAAGCAAUAAUUGGCAACAUAUAGAAAAGCCCUUUGAAGGUUACAGGGUAAUCAUCUCACCCUUACAUCUGCUACGCAACCUUAAGAUUUAUAAGAAUAUAAACAAUACUUUUGAUUGUCUGGGUUUUAUUGAGAAUUUUAAAUACAUUCUGAGUGCAUAUGA